AUGUCUAAAGAACUAGAAGAGCUGGUGGAGUUUCUUCACCACGGAAAUACCCAGAUCCGCCAAAUUGCUUGCGAAACCCUUGUCGCAUUCUCCACAACUCAGCCGAACUUAUUCAAGCGCGAUCAAUUACUUCCGAUCCGGGAUUUAAAGCUUCUCACCCGCGAUUAUCCUCCCAUAGCAGCAAAUGCAUUGAGUAUCCUGGUGAAUCUGUCCGCAGAUGAGGAGAUCUUGAAGAACCUGACUGAGGAUGAUGAAUAUAUCGAGGUCCUCCUGUCCAAACUCACGAGCACCGAAGAUCCCAAUGUCGACGAUGUCGCUCCCCUCUUCGCCAACCUGAUCAAAUCCGACCGUCUCCAAUCCCUAAACUCCAUGAAGCGCAAAAUUCCCGAGGGGGUCUCAACAUCUGAAUAUGCCAUUGACCAGCUGAUGGACUGCUUCGUAAAGGGAGCUGAAGGUGACCUCAACAAGCACGGCAAUUAUGACUACCUCUCCUACGUUUUUGCCGACUUGUCUCAGACAGAACAAGGACGAGCCUAUUUCACCACUCGCCAAAAAUACGAUGAUGUCGUCCCUAUUACCAAGUUGACUGUCUUCACGGAACAUACGAGUCAUGUUCGUCGCAAGGGUGUCGCCUCUACCAUUAAGAAUGUGGCCUUUGAUGUCCCCUUCCACUCUAUGUUGUUUGCCGAAGACGAGGCCAAUCUCCUUCCUUACCUCCUUUUGCCCAUUGCCGGCCCCGAAGAGUUCUCCGAUGAAGAUAUGCUCUCCAUGCUGCCUGACCUUCAAUUGCUACCACCGGACAAGAAACGAGACAGCGAUCCGACUAUCCUCACCACCCAUCUCGAAACUCUUCUCCUGUUGACCACAACCCGUGAAGGCCGAGAGAAAAUGCGCGCGGUGGCUGUCUACCCCUUCAUUCGCGAGUGUCAUCUGAACGUGGAAGAUGAGGAGGUCCGGGAAGCCUGCGAUCGAUUGGUGCAGGUAUUGAUGCGUGAUGAAGAAGGCGAGGGAGACAAGACUGAUGCCGAUCUGGCUAAAGCACAAGGACAGAUCGAGGCACCUCCAGCAAAUGAAGAUGAGACAACGCGGAAGCUGUCUUGUCCCCCGAACUUGAGGGGCGAGACGCUUCCCGCUGAAUUGAAUCAAACUGAAUCAUUAAAUCGUGACAAUCGUGACUACAACGAUAACGAAAGCUGCAAUUGCGAUCAAGAUCAAUCGGGUCAGAACUGCAGGGACGACGGAGAUGGAAACUGCAACUCGGACCUUGAAUUAGACCUUGACGCUGACCUUGAUCUGGAUCUGCAUCCCGAUCAUACGCUUCCGCCCGACGAUUCCACGUCAAUCGCUCAGCGUUUCCGUACCCUGAUGUCGCGCGCGCCUUUGAUCCGGACGUCACCCGCCCUGGGCUCAACCUCGUACGGUGCUGUACGUAUUCCACAUGAUUCCGAUGACGAUAGUCAAUUGCCGGAUCGACGGAAGAAUUCCCGUAGAGCGUUGAAUGGGGAUUCGCUACGGACAAGCUUGGAGAGUUGUGCUGAGGGGCCUUCGAAUGAAGCACGACAACGGACUAGCGGUCGCCGAAGAAGCAAUGGUUGGGCGAGGAGUAGUCACACUCGACGGCCAUCAUCGGCCACCUCGGACGUGGGCUUGGGGCCGGAUUCAAAAUUCUCGUUUGCAACGGGGUUGGCCGUACCUGGGAAUUCGGUGAUUCAAGAUACCCCGGUUUCUUCCCCGUAUAUGACAAGCGAUGAAGAGGAUACAUUAGAUAUGGAUGAUGAAGCCUCCAAAUCUUCCGAGGAAGAUCCUCCCGACAAUUCUCCAUACGCUCAAGUUCGAGCAGCGGUCCCAGCAACCGACGAUAUAAGACUUUCUAUAAAUACACCCCGCAUGUGGAUACUCUCAUUGAUUUUUUCACUCACAGGAUCCGCUGCAAAUCUUUUCUUUUCUCUCCGUUAUCCAAGUGUUGCGAUUACGCCAAUCAUCGCUUUGGUUCUAGUUCACCCACUGGGCAAAUUCUGGGAUGUAGCGUUGAAAAGAUCCAAUGAUCCAAUAGAAGUCUUUGAGAACGGCACGCUUGAUCACCGAGAAUCUUUCUCCGGUGAUCUUGAACAGGCAGAUCGUUCAUGGAUUUCUCGCAUUCGUCUCUGGCUGGCCCAGGGGCGUUGGAAUGAGAAGGAACAUGCAUGUGUCUAUAUCAGCAGUAACGUUUCGUUUGGAUUUGCUUUUGCUACAGACGUCAUCGUGGAGCAACAUAAAUUUUACCAGCAAGAAGUUCCAAUUCUAUACCAAUUGCUCCUCAUCAUCUCGACACAAGUUCUGGGAUACGCUUUUGCUGGCUUGACUAGACGAUUUUUGGUCCGACCCUCCGCGAUGAUCUGGCCGGGAACUCUCAUGUCCACUGCCAUGUUCUCCACUAUGCAUAAAACCGCCAACAAGAGAGCCAACGGAUGGAGUAUCUCACGAUACAAGUUUUUUAUCCUUGUGUGGACAGGAGCCUUCUUGUGGUACUUUGUGCCAGGGUUACUGAUGCCCGCGCUCAGUUACUUCAACGUCAUCACAUGGUUCGCCCCAAAAAAUGUGGUCGUCUCUAAUCUUUUUGGCGUGGCUUCGGGUCUCGGAAUGUUUCCCUUAACGUUUGAUUGGGCUCAAAUCGCCUACAUUGGUUCGCCUUUAUUAACGCCGUGGUGGGCUGCAGCCAACAUUCUGACCGGCCUGGUGGUUGUUAUAUGGAUAAUCGCUCCAAUUCUAUAUUACAAAAAUGUGUUAUACUCUGCCUUCAUGCCCAUUCUAUCGGCAGCUGUUUUUGAUAACGAGGGCCAUCCGUACAAUGUCAGCCGAAUUUUGACCUCCGAUUUCUUAUUUGACGAGAAAGCAUAUCAGGAAUAUUCACCAGUCUAUCUCCCAAUCACAUACGUGCUUUCCUAUGGUGUUCAGUUUGCUGCUUUAACAUCCCUGGUAACACACACUGUGUGCUGGUAUGGCAAGGAUAUUUGGCAACAGACCCGACGAGCUUUUGAGGAACGACGUGAGCUUCCUGGAAUGGAAACAUACGAACCAUUGUGGAGCGAGAACGGCCAGCCACAGCCUCGACGGAGUCAUGAUAUCUCUCGAGAUAGUUCGCACGAGGCCAGUCGAGAAAUCCCUCUGGGCAUGGAAGAUGUCCACUGUCGUUUGAUGAGACGAUACAAAGAUGCCCCACUCACGUGGUAUCUCAUAGUACUCGUUACCAUGCUUGCCACUGCUACAUUCACUGUGGAACACUACCCAGUUCACCUACCCUGGUACGGAUUAUUCCUGGCCCUAGGAAUCACCAGCAUUUUCUUCAUCCCAGUCGGUAUCAUAAUGGCUGUCACAAACCAACAUAGCAGCCUUUAUCUAAUCUGCCAGCUUCUUUGUGGCAUCGUCUUUCCUGGACGACCUAUUGCGAAUAUGAUUUUUGUCACUUACUCUUACAUCAGUUCAGCUCAAGGUAUCAAGUUCUCAUCCGAUCUCAAACUUGGUCAUUACAUGAAGAUCCCACCUCGAAUUCUGUUUGGGGUCCAGAUGGUCGCUACUCUGGUGUCCAGCCUCACCCAGAUUGGUGUACUGAAUUGGAUGUUCACCCAUAUCCCCAAGCUGUGCACCCCUGAAGCUUUAAACGGCUUCAACUGUCCGAUAGCACGUGUACAUUUCAAUGGAAGUAUUCUCUGGGGUGUCGUGGGCCCCCAAAGAUUCUUUGGUCCCGAUGGGCUCUACCGGCCCUUGGUGUGGGCAUUUUUGAUUGGUGCCAUGGCCCCCCUGGGCGCCUGGUUACUUGGUCGACACAGCAAGAAAAGUUUCUGGCGCAAGGUCAACUUCCCCAUUCUCUUUGGCAGUCUUAGUUGGAUCCCACCUGCUACAGGAUUGAACUUCUCUGUAUGGGCAUUAGUGUGCUUUGUGUUUAAUUACGUGAUCCGACGCCGCAAGACCGCUUGGUGGGAGAAAUAUGCGAUGACCCUUUCCGCAGCCAUGGAUUCAGGACUCGCAUUCGCCGUUAUAGUCGUGUUCUUUGCGCUUGUCUACCCAGGUUUCGUUGCGAAUUUCAAGUGGUGGGGAACAGAGAUCUACAAGCAGGGCUGUGACUGGAUCGCCUGCCCUUAUCGACAACUAGAACCAGGGCAGAAGUUCGGAAAUUAG